AUGACAUCGCGGCGACAUCCAGUCCAGGCAAUUGCCUUCGCCCCAUCCGACUCUCCAAAGUUAUUCAUUGCUAUUGCUGAAACCGUUUAUGCAAUAUCAGCAACCACUCACGAGACCGUCGCAACAUGGAAAGCGCCACCUGCUCCCAUUCAAGGGAAACCUCAAUCCCAAGCUCCAGAUGUCGCUGAUAAACCCGAAGAAAGUGGAGAUGCUGCAGAAGCAUUACCGACCAACGAAGAAGAAGAAAUCGCUGCAACAACUACAAAAACAGAGGGAAAUGUAGAAUCAACCGACGUCGUGAUGACGGAUUCCCCACCAUCUGUCAGUUCAGCUGCUGGAAAGCGGAAAAGAAGCCCUUCCGCUGCAUCAAAUGCGCCUGUAGAGACUUCAGAAUCGGUGGAGACAAGCGCUGAAGCCAAAAAGUCAGAUAAAAAGACAAGAAAUCAGAAGAAGAGUGAAAAGAGAAAGGCCAAGAAUGCUGCAAAACCUCCUACACCGCCUCAACCGAACUAUAUCGGUCAAGUGGUCCCAAUUAUCAAUAGGAAUCUACUCGCAAUAACAACAUUGGAGGAUAAAACAUUGCGGUUGCACAAUCUAGAUACUUUGGAGGUUGUAAAGGAAUGGGUGCUUCAUAAACGACCUUCAGCGAUAACUUUAACACCGAACACAGUACUGGUAGGCGACAAGUUCGGCGAUGUAUUCUCAUACAAAAUUCCAUUUCCAUCAGAACUAGAAGAAAGCAGCGAAGGAAAACUCUUAUUAGGCCACGUAUCAUUGCUUACGACACUCACAACGGCAAUCUCACCACCAUCACAUCAGCAAAAUGGCAGCUCAGGUGACAUCAAGAAAUACAUAAUCACAGCCGACAGGGACGAGCAUAUUCGGAUCACAAAUUAUCCACUAACACAUGUCAUUCAUGGAUUCUGCCUAGGCCAUACAGCGUUUGUAAACUGUCUACUGGUUACGAAAAACAAUCUACUAGUUUCUGGUGGUGGGGACGAUUGGCUUGGUCUAUGGGAUUGGAAAGCAGGGAAAUUACUUCAAAGAGCGGACAUGAAGACCCAUGUUGAUGCAAUUCUGGAUCACGAAGAGGCCAAAGCUCUAACAGAAAAGCUAAGAGGAUACAACAAGAAGAGAAAGAGAAAAGAGGAAGGCGAGCCUGAGGUGGAUAUCACGAUUGCGGUUACCCAAAUAUCGGAGGUAGAUGGCAGGGAGGUCAUUGUAGUUUUAGAAGGAAUACCCGCGAUAUUACGGUAUAAGCAUACCACAGAUAACCAACUAGAAUACGCAGGAUACAUAAAAGCUGCAGGGUCAGUAACCUCACUCACAGUACAAGGGUCUAGAGUAUACUUCGGCGCCGACUCGGAGGAAGGCACUCUAGUUUCGUAUGCGGACCUCACAGAAGGGGAGACAAUAGCAAGUGAUUUCUUUGGAGGUAAACCAUUUGAGGGGCAACUUGUUGAAGAAACAGCAGUAGAUUCAGUCAACGAGCGGUUGUACACGGUUGAGGCAUUUAGGAAAGGAUUUGGAGGGUUCAUGGAAGAUGAUUAG